CGAGGUGGUAGUCAGGUGCUUCACGGUGCCUUCUGCUCUGGUUGGUGUGCGGUGCUCUCUCGAUCUGUCGUACUCGGCUAGAUUUUCGUCCUAAAUUCGGCUCUAGGAUGACAGGUAGCGCGAGAAAAGCGAGCUCGCUCCAGGCACCGCUCCUCGUGCUGAUCGUCGCCUGUCAAUUUGCGUUUUCCCACGCCGGGACGCCUGUCGUUAUAUGGUGUCCGCACAACGAAUCGUCCGACCACAAUUCGCAGUUGAAGAUACGCUUGAAUCCGUUGCAGAAAUUAUCGUCGGAGGAGUUCGAGGAGAACUUGUCGCGGUCGGGUCUGACGGAGCUGACCACCGUCGUUGUCGAGGAAUUGUGCGUCGAGGAUCUGAGAGAUAACAAGGUGCUGCCAAUUGUCACCAAUGGCUCAAAGUUAUAUUAUUACCCGAGUGUUUUCAAGCCAAAUACGAUUCUUGAAAAACUCUACAGCGACAAACAGAUCAGAACGUUAGAGGAUAUAAAUGAUGAUCAUGAAUUAAACAUGGUCUUGAAGGAUACAGAUUCAAGUGAGUGUAUAGCACUUACAGGAAAGCAAUGCCGUUACAGUCAACCUGAACGUAUAAAAAGAGAGACCACUGAAAACAAUACUGCAGAAUUUGGAAUAAGAACAGACAGAAUUCUAUUCUAUUCCAGUAAACCAUUAUCAUUCCAGAUACCUGAAAAAUCAGAAAAGGAAACUUUGGAACUGUCUAGAGCUAAAGUAACUAGAGCAUCAUCUCGUAAGGAGAAUGAUACACUGAUUUUAACCAUCAAAUUUGCCGGUAUCGAGGACAUUAACGAGCUGACGCUUGAUUUCUCCUUCCCAGUCAAAAGCAUGGGAUACUACACAUUGGAUAAGAUCAAUUAUGAAAUAACAGGCAAAAACGGUGCUCUAUCAACCAAGCGAGACAUUAAUUUCCCAUUUAAUUUUUCUUAUCACUGUUCAUUGAACACCAUCUUCGUCAAUGGUCCUGUGAGUUUAAAUAUCACGGAUCUGCAAGUCCAAGUUGAUCAUAAGGAUGGCACGUUCAGCGAUGCGUACGACUGCGUCGGUUUCACUAGUAUACCUAUUUGGACGGGAAUAUUUGUAACUGCGAUAUUGGCCUUAAUUAUGAUAUGGGCGCUUACCAUGAUUAUGGAUAUCCGUACAAUGGACCGAUUCGAUGAUCCUAAAGGAAAAACUAUCACAAUCUCUGCCGCGGAGUAGAGAGAUAAUAAUAAUAAUAAGACUUUUCUGCGUAAUGCGAUUGUGUAAGUAUUAAGUACUCGUGCGAAAUUUAUAUUAUAAUACAGAUAUCACGUCAUAAUAUCUCGUGUCCAUUGUUCGCAAUAAUAAUUAUACUCUGGACAUUAAUUUCAAAAAAAAAUUUGAGUUUCAUAUUUUUAACAAAAAAAAAGAUUCUAUUAGCGAGAAAGAGUAGUAAUGAUAAUACUAAUCUCUCAUUACGAAGAACUUCGAUGUAUAAAUAUCAUUCCGUUGUACAUCCUUCCCGUAAUUUCGAUAUUUAUACAUAUUUAAUAUUUGUAUGUUUGUUGAUUGUAUGAUAUAAUGUUUAUGAAAUUUUCGUAUUAUUUAGUUAAAUACUAUAUGUAGGGAACUUAUAAAAUUGUUUGAAUGAAUUAAGAUAUCACAAUGUACACACAUCAUACAAGGACAUUAAAUAAAGACAAACAAGAAAUGUAAAAUGUUAAAGCGUGCAUCAUUAGUAGAAAAAGAAUUUUGUGUAACCGUAUAAAUCCGCAAUUACGUGCUAUACCAUUGACUGUUAUUCAUUUGUACAGCGUGUAAUAUUUGUCUCUGAGAAAAGGGACGAAGUAAAAUAGAUCAUAAACUAAAUAAAACGUUAUACUGUUAUACAGUAGACAGAUAAAUAUGUAGCUAUGAAGCGCCACGCGCCU